CCCGCCGGUCCCCGCGCAGUGCCCUCCUCCCGCCACCCACGGGCACGCACGCGCGCACAGGGCCGAGCCGAAGGCAGCUCGCCCCGCAGUUCUCACUCGGAGGCGACCUGCUCCGGUCUCGCAACGCCGAUGGCAUCUCCCGGCUCUGGCUUUUGGUCCUUCGGGUCUGAAGAUGGCUCCGGGGAUCCCGAGAAUCACGGCACAGCGAGAGCCUGGUGCCAAGUGGCCCAGAAGUUCACGGGCGGCAUCGGAAACAAGCUGUGCGGUGAGUGUCCGCGCCCAAGGGAGGGGGGCGGGCACGGGCCCCCGCUCGCGAGCUGCGGCCGUCCUUUCACCUCCGCAUGCCCCCCAGUCUCUCGACCGCGGCGCUGCCCAGCCGGCGAGAGAAAUUACCCUGAAUAUUUUCAUAGUAAAAUUAAAAUGUGGCAUUUUAAUUCCAUCCCUUUAGAUCUGCUCCCAGCCUGUGAUGGAGAAAGGCCCACUUUGGCGUUUCUGCAAGAUGUUAUGGACAUUUUGCUUCAGUAUGUGGUGAAAAGUUUCGAUAGAUCAACCAAAGUGAUUGAUUUCCAUUACCCUAACGAGCUUCUUCAAGAGUAUAAUUGGGAAUUGGCAGACCAACCACAAAAUUUGGAGGAAAUUUUGAUGCAUUGCCAAACAACUCUAAAAUAUGCAAUUAAAACAGGGCAUCCCAGAUAUUUCAAUCAACUUUCCACUGGAUUGGAUAUGGUUGGAUUAGCAGCAGACUGGCUGACAUCAACAGCAAAUACAAACAUGUUCACCUAUGAAAUUGCUCCAGUAUUUGUGCUUUUGGAAUAUGUCACACUAAAGAAAAUGAGAGAAAUCAUUGGCUGGCCAGGGGGCUCUGGCGAUGGAAUAUUUUCUCCUGGUGGCGCCAUAUCUAAUAUGUAUGCCAUGAUGAUUGCACGCUUUAAGAUGUUCCCAGAAGUCAAGGAGAAAGGAAUGGCUGCUGUUCCCAGGCUCAUCGCCUUCACAUCUGAGCACAGUCAUUUUUCUCUCAAGAAGGGAGCUGCAGCCUUAGGGAUUGGAACAGACAGCGUGAUUCUGAUUAAGUGUGAUGAGAGAGGGAAAAUGAUGCCAUCUGAUCUUGAAAGAAGGAUCCUUGAAGUCAAACAGAAAGGAUUUGUUCCUUUCCUCGUGAGUGCCACGGCUGGAACCACUGUGUAUGGAGCCUUUGACCCCCUCUUAGCCGUCGCUGACAUCUGCAAAAAAUAUAAGAUCUGGAUGCAUGUGGAUGCAGCUUGGGGUGGUGGAUUAUUAAUGUCCCGAAAACACAAGUGGAAACUAAGUGGCGUGGAGAGGGCCAACUCUGUGACGUGGAAUCCACACAAGAUGAUGGGUGUCCCUUUGCAGUGCUCUGCUCUCCUGGUCAGAGAAGAGGGAUUGAUGCAGAAUUGCAACCAAAUGCAUGCCUCCUACCUCUUUCAGCAAGAUAAACAUUAUGACCUGUCCUAUGACACUGGAGACAAGGCCUUACAGUGUGGUCGCCACGUUGAUGUUUUUAAAUUAUGGCUCAUGUGGAGGGCAAAGGGGACUACUGGGUUUGAAGUGCAUGUUGAUAAGUGUUUAGAGCUGGCAGAGUAUUUAUACAACAUCAUUAAAAACCGAGAAGGAUAUGAGAUGGUGUUUGACGGGAAGCCUCAGCACACAAAUGUCUGUUUCUGGUAUGUGCCUCCGAGUUUGCGUACUCUGGAAGACAAUGAAGAGAGAAUGAGUCGCCUCUCAAAGGUGGCUCCAGUGAUUAAAGCCAGAAUGAUGGAGUAUGGAACCACAAUGGUUAGCUACCAACCCUUGGGAGACAAGGUCAAUUUCUUCCGCAUGGUCAUCUCAAACCCCGCAGCAACUCACCAAGACAUUGAUUUCCUGAUUGAAGAAAUAGAACGCCUUGGACAAGAUUUAUAAUAAUCUAGCUAACCAAGCUGUUUCACUUCUCUAGGUAGACAAUUAAGUUGUCACAAACUGUGUGAAUGUAUUUGUAGUUUGUUCCAAAGUAAAUCUAUUUCUAUAUUGUGGUGUCAAAGUAGAGUAGGAUUUAAAAAUCAAGAAAACAUUGCUCCUUUUAAAAUCCUUUCUUAAGUUUAGAAUACCUCUCUAAUAAUUAGUUACAAAAGGCUGUGUUCUAAUCAAUAAGAAAAAGCUUAAAAUUAUUAUAAAUACUUCCCAUACUUUUCAUAUAGUAUGCAAAUCAAACUUUAUUUUCACUUCAGAGUAGUAGGACUGAAUAGUGCCAAAUUGCCCCUGAAUCAUAAAAGGUUCUUUGGGGUGCAGUGAAAAGGAUAAAGUAAAUAUAAAAUGUAUGUUGACAAUAAAAACUCUUGCCUUUUUCAUAGUAUUAGAAAAAAAUUUCUAAUUUACCUAUAGCAACAUUUCAAAUGUAUUUAAAUACAUAUAAUUUUACAAAAGGAAAAUAUAUAUAUAUUACAAAGAAAUCCUAUUUUGUAACAUAUAGAUUUUUAUUUUAUAUGGGUUAUACAAACUGCAGGGGCAGAUAUAAAAACUAAGCGAGAUUUUUUUUUCCCUCUUUCUUUUGAUGGAGGCGCAAUAGCACACUUAGCAAAGUUAUUUUGAAACACAGACCCACAAAAUUCUUAAAAGGUGUGAUUCCUUCUUUCUAUGCAUGUUAUAGCUUAUCAUAUCUCCCAAGUUAGUAUUUCAAAACAAACACAAAAGAAUACUGCAAGUUCUUUAAAAUGAUUUAUCAGAUUGGCAAUAAGAUUCUCUUCCCAUUCAGGUUUUCCCCUCAGUUUACUCCUAGCAGACCCACUCUUAAGCAUGACAAGCCAAACUGUAUCUUAGAUGAAGUUAGGGUAAUCGUCUCUAUUCUACUUCCCACUUCAGCCUGUUUUGAACAGAAGGUUGAUGCUGCUUCUUGAGGCAUCUUCCCCUAACAGUAUUAUUUUAUUAGGCCAUUUGAAUUAAUGAGAGAAAAUAAAAUAAAACCUAAUCAGCCUGAGCAAAGAGGAAUGAAGUACACUCCCAGAAUAUGGGGUAACCAGAAAAUUAAACUUGGCCUUGGGAGAAGAGAUCUCUGUGGGACUAUCAUGACAUCAUCCUGAAUGCCAUAUUGCCAUUUUGCCACUGUCUAGGAAGGAGUAAUUUGCCUCCUGGGCAACUGCUUAUUCCCAUUCCCUUCUCAUUUCUACCCGUGAAAGUCUCUCCUGCUAGAACUCUCUAUCACUGGGAUCUCAGAUAAUUAAUUUCUAUUCCACCAGUGUUUCUUUCCUUUUCCUGAAAUGAAUUCCUCACCCUAGCUUUUGAGCCACCAUCUUUAAGACCUUCUAAAUUUUAAUCGUCUCCCAUCAAGAUCCCAAGUAACCAGAGGUAAUAAGAGCCUUAGAACUUAAAAUUAUAUUUUUAAAAUGUCCAUCUUCCCUGCAAACCUGAUGGAGAGACAUGAGCUAGCAAAACCUUCCAUAGAAGGUUUUAAAGAGUACCUCAGAUUGUCUGAUUCCAAGUGCUGGUAGGAAAGCUACAGACUUGUAUAUGCAGACUACAAAUGCAAAUUUAGAAACAUUCUCUCUUUUGUAUGGAUCAGGCAGUUCAAUAGUGAGAAAGACUACAGGUAUACAAGAAAAGAGAAAUGGCCCUUGCCCUUCAACAGAUAGAAAUGCCCUAUAAUGUAACCACAGGAUCCAACCACCUGAAAUCUUCAUAAACUUGCCCCUGCAUUAUCUCUCCCAGAUUAUAUACAAAACAUUGACACUUGAUUGGAACAUGGUUUGGGGCCUUUCUGUAUAGAAAGCAAAUGACUCACUAUGACAAUUAGAAAUAAACUCUUUAUCUGUGCUGUAGAAUUCCAGGAAGAAAAAGUCUUUUGUUCUAGGCUUUGUCUAAUGACUAAGUAUCUCUUUCCUUUAUCAAAAUUGACUGCUGAGAAUAAGUGUGUAGUUUCCCAGCUAUUUUAAGCCCAAAGGUCCCACUUCAGAGGCAGAGACACUAACUGAUCCAGCCCGCUGUCCUACUUGGAGAAGACCAAACAGUGUGGAGACUAAUGCCCUGAUAGACCUGCCCCCUCUACUCCAGAAUACUUAUUCCUUGGGGCACAGACCCUAGAUCAGAAACUGCUGCUUUUUAGCUUGAUGAGAUGACAGAAUGUAAAAGAACAAUCUGUGCCUGUGCAUGAAAUUCCUGCAAAACUAUUUUUACCAAGAAGUUUUCUCUCCCACUCUCCUACCCCUUUCAGGUCCUUUCUCAAAUUUGCCGGGGUGUCUUGCUCAGCUCCCGUACAGGAAAAUCCCUACCAGCCAUGGCCCAGGAGUUUCAUAAAUACUCCUUAAAGUAGAUCUAUAAUCUGUUCAGGAGGGAGGGGUGGAAGAAGUGAAGGAAAGAACAAAGGAAGGAAAGAAAGAAGGGAGAUUGUUUUGAAUAUUAGCUCAAAUUCUAGUGCCAAAGGUCUUUAUGUGGGACCAUUCUUUACAAAUUCUAGAAGAGUUUGGUUUUAGCUUUACUCAGAAUUGAUAUGGCCAUUUUCAUUUAUACAGCAAUAUUGUGUUUAUUAUUUAAGAUACUUGAAAAGAAAGUACGGUAUGUCUUUAUCUGAGACCUGUAUGUGAUAUGGACUUCAUGUACUAUCACAGGAUGUGAGGAAAGAAAAGGAAAUCAAUUGUAUGUGACUGUGUUGCCUUUAUUAUUUUGAUAGUACUUUCUUGUCCCUCAGAUUGGGGUUGUGCACUUUAGAUCUGAACUGUACAGUGUUGCGAUUCAACAUGUGUUUCUGUAAAAGCUUGUACAAUAUAUUAUUGGUAUGUCUUUUUCUGUGUGGUAGCUGUAUUGAACUUUGAUAUUAUGAAAACUACAUUUCUUCCUGCUCUCUCUUCUCUCUCUCUUUCUCUCUCUCUCUCUUCCCCCCCUAAACUGUAUGCCCUCCGCAUCAGCUCUAAUAGAGAACAUGCCCUCAGCUAAGCCCUCUGCUGAGAAACUUCCUUUGAGAAUUGUGUGAUUUCACAAUAUGCAAGGUGAAUAUGACUUUGUCUCUGAGAAUAGAAGAAACCAAUCAUGGAGUGUCACCCUGCCAAAACCACAGGUUUUGGCCCUGCUGGGGGUGGGAGUCGGUGCUGCUACCCAGAACAUGGACCAAGGAGGCACAGGUGUAAAUAUAGUGGCCAGACAAGGAAUCAGGAAUCCUCCAACUGGGUAUCAUCUUGCACGUGCUCUUCUGUUUUAAAAUGCUAAAUGCAAACACUGUGUAUUUGUUAGUUACGUGUGCCAAAAUACUAUUCCCAAUUGGUGUUUCUGAAUGACAUUGACAUUUCCCCAACAUUACUCCAUUAUUAAAGACAGAAAAAAAAUAAAAACAUAAAACAUACGAACAUGUGGCAACCUGUUCUUCUUACCAAAUAUAAACUUGUGUAUGAUCCAAGUAUUUUAUCUGUGUUGUCUAUCUAAACCCAAAUAAAUGUGUAAAUGUGGACACA